GGAUGAUUCCAGGCCACCGGAUCGAAAUUCGAGCAAUUUCCAGUUAAUCGAAUUGGUCUUGUCCAAGGCCGAGCAGGAGACAAGUCGCAGAAAUGGUGUCGUCCCAGGCUCUCUCGUUACUCUUGCUGUUCCUGGUUGCGCACGGAUCGCAGGGGCAGAAACAGCAGCAAGAAGAUCCUUGUCAAACGAAAUCCAGAGUGGUCGGUGACAUAGAGUACUGCGAUCGUUAUUGGGAAUGCGUGAACGGGCGUCCAGAAUUAUUCGACUGUCCAAACGGUCUUGUUUUCGCUGGGAAGCAUCGAGGCGUGACCGAAGGCUGCGACUAUCCCUGGAGGGCGAACUAUUGCGACGGAAAGCGGCAGGCUAAUCCACCGAUCCCUGCCGAGCAUUGCGACUGGCUCUAUGGUAUAUUCGGCCACGAGACUUCGUGCACGCGAUACUGGACCUGUUGGAACGGAACCGCCACGGAACAAUUGUGCAUCGGUGGACUUUUGUACAACGAGAGGGCAAGGUCUUGCGAUUGGCCCGAGAAUGUGGAAGGAUGUCAAAAGCAUCCCCUGUGCAACGACGACGCGAAUGGGAACGUUCCCCUGGGCAAAUCGUGCAAUCGUUACUGGCAAUGUCAAGGUGGAUACCCGCGAUUGCAGAGAUGCCCCGCGAUGCUGGUGUUCGAUCGAAGGUCGCUGAGGUGCGUCGUCCCGCCCACCGAGGACUGUGACGUACCCACGACCCCACCCAACCUCGAGGGCGAUCUGCCCGACGGAAGGAACGAGCAGGAAGCGGAGGAAGAGAAUCUUCCGCCCGGCGUUCCGCCAUUGCCAGCCGGCGCAUUGCCCAUACCGCUUCGAGCUCGCCCCAGAAAUUAGACGAUCCGACAUUUUCUUUUUUUUUUUUCCCCUUUUUUUUUCGAUCGUACGCUUUUCGACCGGUGAUAUCUUUCGUUUCGUGAAAUGCAACACAUUUUCCAACGACGAGAUAGACGAGAUUUUUAUUUUGGUGUUAUCUUUCUCUUUCGUUUUUUUUUUUUUUUCGUUUCGAAAGUAGAAGGAGAAAACUCUUGAAAAUCUUGUUUAAGAAAAGAGGUUAAAAGGAUCGGAAAGAAAGAAGUUGCUCGGCGAGAAGCGUUCUUUUUUUUUUGGAAAUUCCAAAGUUUCGAAUCGUAUCGAGUAAUUUAUGAAAAGAAAUUGGAGCAAGGAGAAUUUUAAUGCGGCUCGUAAAAAAGAGGAGGGAGGAUAAAAAGUUGAAUUCAAGUACUCUAUAUGUAUAUUCAAAGCUUCGUUAUAGAGCAUGUUUUUAAUUAGAGGCGUUAGCGAUCUUUCUUCUUCAAUCUCGUUUUAUCAGUUUCUUCUUCUUCUUGUCGUCGAUUCUACGAGCACGAAUGUACGUACGUUUAAGUUAAAAAAAAAAAGAAAGAGAAAAAAAAGAUAAAUAGGUAAAUCGUAUGGAAAAUAUCACGUUUAUAUUCUUUUAUUAUUGUUAUUAUUAAGUAACUCUUUCUCUCUCUCUCUCUCUUUCUCACCGCCACCCCCGAAAUGUAAAUAAUUCUCUCUCUUAGCCAUUCUCACCCUGUUCUCGCCUUAAUUAUAAGUAAUAUCAAAACGUUCACACUUGUACGAAUGUAGACUCGUUGAAAUAAAGUGUACGUUGUAUAUUUUUUUGUA